AUGGGCAGUUCAACACCCAGCCCAAUAAAAGGUUCAAACCUUUCCUUAACCGGAAUACUCCUCUCGCACCUGUACCAGAGAACAAUCUUUCAAGUUCUCCAACAGAGUUCAGCUGGCACAAGGAUUGGAAAUAAUGUAAUGAGUAUGUCAGCAGCCCCAUCAAGAUUGCAUGUCCAAAAGGAACCUCAACAAAACAAUCCUGUGAAGCCAGCAAAUAUUAAUUCUGAAGAACAAGUUACUGACCAACUUGGUAGUGACACACUGAAUGAUGAUGGUGAUAAUCUUGAUAGUCCUAGCAGUCCUAAUUCAAGCUUGGAAGAAGAAAUGAGACAAGCUAAGGAGCGCAUUGCUGCUAGGGAAGCACUACUGCAAAACCAAGAUGUUGCCUCAGCUGAUAAUGAUUACGAUCAUAGUCGUGUUGAAGCUGGUGUGCCUGUCAUCGGUGCAACCUCAGAUGUAAAAGCUGUUCUUUGCCUUAUUCGGCAAGAUCAGCACAAGCAACUGGAUUAUUUAAAAAAUUUAAAGAAUAGGAUGCAGCGUAUUGAAGAUAUCCUGAACCACUCAGGAAGUCACUGUGCCAAGAAGCCAAAUGGGUGGUCUGAUAACCUGGUGCCUCUCAAAGAUCUUGCCUCAUUUUAUGAGUGGGAGGUUUUCCUUGAUUCACAGGACAGCCAUUUUGAAUACGCUGUUGGUCACUUCAGUGUGCAUGCUGGAAAGGGGCAGAAUGAAGGUGAAAUGGCCACGAAUGUGUGCAAACUUCUUUUCACAGAGGAAGCUGCUUCAAGGUUGAAUUGGCAAGGGACUGAGCAGAAAAGGGGAAUUAAAUCGUUAAAAACAGGAAAAUGUAUAAUUGGUAUGUAUAUUUCCCAUCAGCCUUAGACCAUUUAUUCCUCAUGAUUAGGUGACCUGAAUUAUUCUGUUAUUACAGAUGCUUGUGCACGACAGUAUGAGGGCAACUUCUCAAGGCAUGCAGUAACCCAUGCAAUCAGUGUGUGGCUGAGGAGCAAGGCGGGCAAGGGCCAGGAGGGCAAGGGCCAGGAGGGCAAGAAUAAGAAGUCAUAGAGUGGUUUCUCUACUGCUCUGAAUUUUUUGUUUAGUUUUGUUGUUUGUUUCCUGGGGAAUUCCAUUGCAUUCCGCUUAUUGUUUGUUUUAUUUCUGUAUUAUUGUUUUGGUUCUUGUUAAAAAGUUAACAAAGAAAUUGUGACUAUAUUUUGACAUAUCUGCGACAAAACUUUUCUGCUGUAACCAGGGCAAUCAGAAUGUGGCUGAGGAGCGAGUCCAGCAAGAAAAGGUCAUAGACUUAAGGCCCGUGGUUUCUGUACUGCUCUGAACUGUUUUGAUAAGUUUUGUUGUUUGCUUGUGCAUUGCAUUGCAUUCUGCUUGUUUUUUUGUUUUGUUUUUUUGUUUAAAGUUAACAAAGAAAUUGUUAAUCUUUGUUUUUUCCAAUUGACUGCUUUGCAAUUGAUUGCAUAAAAUAAAAUGCCUAGAAUCUUGUUUAGUUGUAUUUGAUAUGGCUUUUGCUUGUGCUUUUGUUUGGGUAUUGCAUUCACAGCUCUGCUUUGCAUGGCUUUUGGCCUCUUGAAAUUGUGUGAUAUAAAAAGUGUUCUAAA